AUGGAAAAUCAGAAGUCUAUCACUUUUGCAAACCUGGUUGGUUACAAACGUUUACUGAACACAGAUUCACAGGCUAUAAGAGCUCUUGUUGGCCACUCAUAUAUUUUUGAGAAUCUUAAAUUUAUGAGCGGUGGGUUUCGAUUAUACCUUCGACUCAUAACUGAUGCGAUAUUUAAAGAUUUAUGAUUUCAGUGGUGUCAAUUGAGUGAGAAGGAACGAUUGAAGUACGAGCUAAAAGCAAGGAAAAUUAUUCAGACGAAGUACAUAUCAGAACUAGAGGGAAAAAAUGCAGGUGGAAAUUUUGGAUCCCAACAAUAAAUUCAUUGCGCCCCAAGUAUGCCUUUUACCGAAUUCAAGUUUAUGUCAAGAAUGGUUAAAAAGCAAAAGGAAGAUGAACGUUAUCGAGCAAAGUAUGAACAAAUACGUUGUCCAUUUUGUGAAGAUGUUAUUUUGAAAAACGACUCGUUGCAGUCACACAUUUUAUACAAUCAUCAUCACGUGUAUGUUCAUGCUUGUCAUUUUUGUUUCGAAGGAUUUAUUUCCCUUGAAUUAUUAAAGAAGCAUGGUUGCCAAGAUUUUUCUAAAUACACAGUGGAGCUGGAAACUCAAAACCUAAAGCUACAAAUGAAGUAUGCAAUGCACACUAUGAUUUGUGCUGAAUGUAAUCUCCAAAUCCCAUUACGAAUGACUCGUUCAUCUGCUUACAAAAGGCACAUUAGACUUCAGCGUUUAUUAGUUGGUUUUAAUGAAUUUUUUUUUCAUAGUUACCAUAAUAGCGAGAAGCUGGUCUCAUGUAUAACGCUAUUUGCUGUCCAACCAUCUGGAGUGGAAUAUGUGAAAAUAAAAAGUUGUUCGAUGAAAUAUGAAAUACCAAUAAAAUGUGAAUUUUGUUCACACAAAUUUAUUUCGGCCUUGGAUAUUGAAAAUCAUCAAUUGAUCAAGCAUUCCGAUCGAGUGCAUAAAUUACAAUGUCCCCUUUGUCCAGUCUUUUAUGUCACUGACAUCUUUUUCAGGGACCAUCUUCUGUCACAUUUUGAAGAUAUGCAUUCUAUGGUCAGUUUGUUGGAAAGGACGACGUUUUGUUCUCCAUUAUUUUUUGACAAUACAACAUUUAGAAUGGGACCCGUACUGCAAAAUGCCAUUGGUUGCAAUAUAACAGAGUUAUCUCGAGUUGACGAAUUAGAUGAUGUUAAUAUUAAUUUAAAUGACUCGAAACCAUCCACUCUUUGUUAUUGUACAAAAUCUGAAUCAAAUUCAAACUCAUUUGUGGAAGAGAAAUCAUUAAUUAAAUCACUGGUAGAAAAGUUUACUGUAGAAGGGCAUCUUUACGUUGACAAACAGGAUUCUAUUUUGGACACAGCAGUUGGUGCUGUUAUUGAUGACAGUCUUAAAUUUUCGUUUUUUAGUGUUUUUCUCUGUGUCAGAUGUAAAGGUCUUCAUGUGGGAAAAGAUGAUAUAUUGAAGCAUCUCCGUAAUUGCUUGCAGAAGGAUGUCGAGUCGCUAAAUGCGGAAAAGCACUUUGAUCUAACAGAUGACGAAAUUGUAAUUUGCAUAUUUGUUAUCCGUUUAUCGCCGUUGCAUUGUUCACCUAAUAACCGCAUUAGUUGCCCGGAAUGCACAGAUACUUGUUGCUCGAUUUACAGCUUGCGCCGACACUUAGCAUUGCAACAUGGUACUCUCGUACAUUAUAACACUCCAGGCCAGUUUCAUUUGCAGUUUUAAAGUCGUAAAACAAUUGGUCUCAUGGAAUACUUUCCAACAAAUGACAAGAAUACGGGCACAGAUCUUGCAACGGGAAUAAAUCUGGAACUGGGCUUAACAGCAACAGGUGGUUUAAGACACAAUGAAAGCAAGGGUUUCCAAUCGUCUGAAAUUGAAGAAAUCAAUGCUGAGUUACAUGAUUAUUCCAGCUUCCUAUCAGGAAGAGUUUUUGAGAAAACUUCAUUAACAUUAGAAGCAGAAGCAACCUUAGGUCAUUCAGUUCCAGAGCUAUCUUCAGGUUCAAUUAUGGAAGAAAAAAAAUGUUUGGUUUGCUUUGCAAAAUGGGAUUCAUUUAUAGAAUCAGCUAAUCAUUUUGUUAAUUCUCAUCUGUACAUAUGUUCCAAGUGCGGAAUUGGUUUUGUUGAAAAGCAGUAUCUUUUAUCUCAUCGAACUGCUUGCGAAGAAUGGCCUCGAGAAUGUGUAGAUGGAGAAUUUUUUCCUCGGUGUUCUACUUGCAGUAAUAUUUCACUCGCUCCUGAACAUUAUUUUUAUCAUUUAUUAUGCAAGCAUAUGUCAGACGUACGUAUCAGCCAAAAGAACCACCAGAUAAAUCCUAUGUUUAUUUGGAAAAAAUUGAAUCGACGUGAAGCUUUGAAGUUCAGAAAUGCAUGGACUGGUAGUCAA